GAACUUCUUGUUGCUGUCGAUGAUACUGGAAAUUAUCGUUACACCUCCUACGUUGAUGGGAAUUCAGCUACUGACAUUUUGUACGUUGAGAAGGAACCAGCGUUUAUUGCCGAAGAAACCACAAUCAGUGAGGCAGAUGAUACACUGAACCAACCAUUUUCAAUCUCCUUGCUGCCUGAAGACCACGAAUACACCCCUAUUCGACAGAAUACACGGGAACAAGGAGAAAGAAGUCAUUCAGAAAAUAGAGAGCAUACUUACGUUGACCUUGCCUUUCCCCAUCCUCCACCCAGGACUUCUUCUACAACUCCUCAUCCAGGUGUCCCUUCAGCAGCAGAAACAUCUCCGCGUAGACUCCAAAAUAAUAAUCACUAUCAGUCUCGUAGUCUUGGACGUCAGGGUGGAAACAAGCACACAGCAUUGCCUUCCCACAUCGAAGGCACCCUCCCUGAACCUGGAAAGCUUCGAACUGUCAAUAUAACGCGCAGAAUAACUGGAGAACCAUUGGGGAUAACUCUAGCAACUGAAAACUCCUUUCUUCAACCGCCAACUCGAAGUGGAUCUUUUUUGUCCCUUCUUUCUCGAGACAAGACAAAGGACGAUGCUAAGGGACCUCCACGGAUUAUUAUCCAACGUAUCCUUGUGGAUUCCUUAGCUGAUAGGAAUGGGAAAUUGUUUCCAGGAGAUGAGAUUGUUGAAUUCAAUGGUGUUAUGGUGAAUUCUUUGGAUUCUGUUCGGACGGCAAUGGCUAAUUCUGCCUCUAGUAGUAAAAUUCAGCUAGUUGUAAGAACUCCUGGAUUGGGACAAAUGAAAUCACACCUGCUCAGUCGUAAUCGUCCUGAACACAAAGUAUGA